CCCGGGAAAUUGUGCCUUUUGAUCAGAAAUACUCCCACUCCGAGUUGGUCUGUGAGCGUUUGAUGAAGCUUCAGUUCAUCGGUACGCUGAAAUUCAUGGAGUCGGUCAGCCAGCGACCUUGGCUCUUAUUUCUUGUCCUCCUCAUUUUUUCAAUAUGUUCCCGCGCAGAUCAGCUCUGUGAUGCUGGGCUUGGAUUUGAUGAGUCAACAUGUGGCACUACGUCAUCGUCGAAGCUACUGAUUAAGGGCGGAACUGUUGUGAAUGCUCAUCAUCAGGAGGUUGCUGAUGUUUAUGUGGAAGACGGGAUUAUUAUUGCCGUGAAGCCUAAUAUCAAGGUCGGGGAUGAUGUUGCAGUGCUAGAUGCCACUGGAAAAUAUGUCAUGCCAGGAGGAAUUGAUCCUCACACACAUCUUGCUUUCGAGUUUAUGGGUACUCAGACAGUUGAUGACUUCUUCAGUGGUCAGGCUGCAGCAUUAGCUGGUGGAACGACCAUGCACAUUGACUUUGUUAUACCAGUGAAUGGAAGUCUAUCAGCAGGGCUUGAAACAUACGAGAAAAAAGCAAAGAAAUCUUGCAUGGAUUAUGGUUUUCAUAUGGCAAUCACAAAAUGGGACGAAGUUGUUUCACAGGAAAUGGAAAUUAUGGUGAAGGAGAAGGGGAUAAACUCUUUUAAGUUCUUCCUAGCAUACAAAGGGGCUUUAAUGAUCAGUGACGAGCUCUUAUUACAAGGGUUAAAGAAGUGCAAAUCUCUUGGUGCCUUGGCCAUGGUACAUGCUGAAAAUGGUGAUGCUGUAUACGAAGGACAGGAGAGAAUGAUUGAACUUGGUAUAACUGGUCCAGAGGGACACGCUCUUUCACGACCUGCUGUGUUAGAAGGAGAGGCAACUUCCCGUGCAAUACGUUUGGCUAGUUUUGUGAACACUCCUCUAUAUGUGGUUCAUGUUAUGAGCAUUGAUGCAAUGGAAGAAAUAGCCAGAGCUCGGAAAGCAGGGCAGAGGGUUAUCGGAGAGCCAGUUGUGUCUGGGUUAAUUCUAGAUGAUUCUGUACUUUGGGAUCCUGACUUUGUUAACGCAGCAAAGUAUGUCAUGAGUCCUCCUAUUAGACCAUCGGGGCAUGAUAAGGCCCUUCAAGCAGCCCUUUCAACUGGAAUUCUGCAGCUUGUGGGAACCGAUCACUGCGUCUUUAAUUCUACACAGAAGGCCGUAGGAAUUGAUGACUUUCGAAAAAUUCCUAACGGUGUCAAUGGCAUCGAGGAAAGAAUGCAUUUGGUAUGGGAUACGAUGGUGGAGUCUGGUCAAAUCUCUGUCAGUGAUUACGUUCGGAUUACAAGCACUGAAUGUGCUAGGAUUUUCAAUAUAUACCCAAAGAAAGGAGCGAUUCUUGCUGGGUCUGAUGCAGACAUAAUUAUACUCAACCCAAAUGCAAGUUUUGAAAUAUCUGCAAAGUCGCAUCACACUAGAUCUGACACGAAUGUCUACGACGGAAAGAGAGGAAAGGGAAAGGUUGAAGUGACAAUUUCUGGAGGAAGAAUUGUUUGGGAAAACAAUGAACUAAAAGUUGUUCCAGGUGCUGGGAAGUACAUAGAGAUGCCGGCUUUUAGCUAUUUGUUUGAUGGAAUUGGAAAGGCAGAUGCUCAGUACCUGUCCUCACUCCGUGCUCCGGUGAAACGUUCUCAGUCCACAAACCUUCACUCAUCAUAGUUUGUGAAAAAGGGUAGAAUAGAUGAUGUGGACGGAAUAACUGAGAUUGCAUGGCCUAUAUCCACCAUGUAUAUCUAUAGCAACUUCUCUUUAAGAUACCGGACAGGGUUUUAUGUAGUUAUGUUAUAGGAUAAUUUACUUGUCAUGUUAUGCCCCAUGAAAUAAGAUAUAUAUUCAAGGUUCCAUGUUUUAUA